GUAACUACCACUAGACCAACUCUCUGGUUGUUUGAUACUGAUAUGAUAUGCAUGACGACGGCCCUUAUCCAUCACGUACUUGAUCUCGGAGUUAAGUGCCCACAGACAGUUUAUCUAGCUAGCUACACGCCCCACUCGGCCUCGUUCUGGCCCCCCCCGCCCCCCAGCGAGCUCGAUUGCCACAGGCUCGACACUAUACUGGCGCCAUAGGAAAACUCUGUCGCGUCGCGCCUUGUCAAAAUAGUAAGGAAUGAAUGAAUCAGGGUUGAACUAGUGUAAGGCCCAGAAGCGCCAGAGUUCCCCAGCAGCCGAGAUGGAAGGCUUGCAGGGAAACUGAGAAAUUUAUGCCAGACAAAAAUAAAUAAUCAAGUUUAAUGUUUUUUGUCGAGACACCAAGCUUAUAAGUUAGCACUUUUCAAGAUGCUGAGAGCUUUUGUCCCUACUGGCAAUUUGAUUCUUGAAGCUUAGCAAUUGAGGUCUAGAGGGAUUCACUAUCUCAACUACAUGCAGAUUAUUCAUCGAUAGCCCGACAAGCAGAAUCCUGAGAUAUAGAAACAAGAAAGGAAAAAAAUAAAUCUGGAGGCGGUGAGACUGAAAUGCUUAAAGCUAAAGUGACGAUCAGCUGUAUUAUUGGGAAGGCUGUCAUCACGGCAAUUGGGGUUGAUCUUGUUGUUGGUGGUGUCUGUCGAAUUUGAAAAUCAAGUCAACGCUCUUUCCGGGUAACGUUAGCUAUCCGACUUUGUGUGUACCGAGUACGGAGUACAUAGUUAACUAUGUAACUACUGUUGACACACACAGUGCGGAUAGAAGAACUCGGAGACUAAAGUCGAGGUUGUUGCAAACCGAUUUCCAUCAUCUGCGCCAUGAUUGCGCCAACCAUGCACUCGAAACAGUCUGCUGGGAAUAAGGAAUAACACUGUGGCGCCUGGAACAGUGGGCAAGUCACCGUGCUAAUUGGCUCCGUUCAACGCCCUCAAUGCAGACUUCCCCCCGCAUCUUCGCCAACCAGUCAACGUGUCACUCUUAUGCAUGCAAGCAAUUCGCCGAUAGGGGCCCAGAACCUGCAAAAGAAGAAAAAAAAACAAUGUCAAAGCACGCGCUAUGUCUCAAAUCAGCUCUAACGGGCUUACUGUUCUUGGCGGCAUCGAGAAGAAGAAAACGGUCAGAAUCAGGGCAAGUUGGCAGAAAAACCAUGUUCGAUUGCAGGAUGGCCCCUCUUCCCCAAGCCCCGGCUGCUUGUCCAGAUCCCAGAUCCACACAUGAGCCUCCGAGCAGACACGGGCUGAGAUGGAGCGAGGAUAGGCAAGACCGAUCAUCCCCUUCGACAAAUGCCGUUGGUUGGUGCGGUGCAGGGAUGAGCUAUGUAAUUUUUUUUCUCAGGGAGGCGGCCUAACUACCAAGGCUUCGACAAUUCGUCAACGAGCCAUCCGAUUGCGAUUGUGUUGAGUCCAUCCGUCCAAGAGCUCCGCUACAUCGAAAUCCCCUCUCAGAGUGGAUAUCCCUGUGGUUUUCUUCACAUAUUGAUCCUGUGUAUCACGGGCCUCCUUGACUGGAAAUGGCGCACUAGUUUUUGCUUGCUUAUCCGUUCCUGUAAUACUCCGCGCCGUCCUACUCGCCACAGCUCCCGCAACGGUGUGCUGCAACCCAUGCAUCAACGGGAGGUUUGCUGCAUUGCCAUAUUAUUAUUGCUGUCAACGAUCAGAACCCCACUCUACCUAUUUACAUAGGUACACAAGGUAUCGUAUCUUGUUCUUGAUAUUUUCAGCUUCAAGCAAGAGAUGAAAAGUUCCGAUAUAGAAAAGACCCUUACAAACUCCUUCCCUUCUGCAUUCGCAGGGAAUCUAGGGUUUGGGCCUCUAGAUUUCUGACAUGCAGCAUUUCAUCCAAACACAUGCAAAAGGAUCUCCAGCUCCUCCCAGGAUGGGCUGUGCUGUGAAGACUAGGGGCGGUUAGACCUACAGUACAAUGCCUGAGGCGCCGACGCUCCUUCUUCCCUGCACCGUGAACAAAUAUCAACUCUAGGACCUUGUUGACGUUUAUCUCACGUUGACUGAGUACACAUAUUGUGACCAUCCAAGUCUGCAUUGCAUGGUUACACGGAUAAUCGAGCUUAAUACCUGCCUCUCCACGUCUACUGCGUUCAUAUUAUGGUUCUCCAUGUAUGCGCCGCAGUCUGAGCGCUCGAGGAAGAAAAUGAGCUAUGUAUGUUCCUAUGAGAUCAAGAUAUCCCUCAUCUCAAUCCAAAUUCACUAGCCCACGACCACCUCUGUGAGUCUCUCAUAUCCGAGCCCGUCCCAAGCAACGAAAAUUACACUCUAUUCAAAUCAGUUAUGGGUGUGCAGCCUACCUCAUUGAAUCGAUUCGUACCAGGGAGCUUGAGCGUUCUCCCGGAGGCUGGAUACACACAUAAAACAGUAAGUACUUCUAUACCUUCCUACCUCACCGGUUUGUGUGCCUCUGUUCUUUUAUCCCGUCUUCGACUACUCCGGACAUUUCAACGAGAUGCUGCUGUUUUAGAUUCAUACAAUGCAAAAUACUGUCAUGGAAUUUUUCCCGGGGUAUGUUUGUACGACGGGUUCGUAUCUUGACAUAUUAAACAUGCGCAUUAUCUGUACAUAACUACCCCAGUCGGCUCGCGUAACUUGCAUAACAUUACCCCCUUCUCCCCCUUCUCCCUUCCCCUCAGCAGGCAUGGCAGAUUCCCUGAGAUUUGAAGCUCAAGACAAUCGAGGGAGAGCUGCGGAAGUGACUGAGCCUGGAAGCAACGGCCCUCCGUCACGAAACGGUACUAAUGUCCGAAAUCCCCACCCGCGCCCUCCCAGGAACCCCUUUUUAUAAAUCAAUCACAUAGAUCACAUUUCAUCGCAGCUUAACGGAGAAUAUUCGGCGAAACACAGAGUACAUGUACAAUUAAGAUAGUUUUGAAUCCACCGCUCGCUCUCGCCCGGUGCUCUUCCCUCUUCCCUGCACACCCCCCUCCCAUAUUCAAACCCCAUGUCCCCACCAAGACACCAAGACACCCUGGCCCUAGGCCGACUCCCUUGUACUGUACUGUCGCUGGCUAGAACAGCUACAGUUACUACUAUCAUUACUACUAUUAUUAUUAGCCAUCGAACACCCCCAAGGACCCUCGCGGGGGGACCCAGCCCUAUUGUAAGAAACCCUAGCCUGUGGAAAAGCGACGCAAUGCAUAACUAUUCAAACCGCAUCCCUCCCCCCUCUUCCUUCCCACCACCCAUGCCUUGUUCAAAUACCUUGACAAACCUGGGUACUAGCCAUGCUACUUCGUAGUCCAGGCCUGUGAGUAUCCACCUCCACUUCAGUGAUAGCAGAGGGAGAAGGUUGCUUGCUAGGUUAAUAGGUUUCGUGCUGGGCUGUGUUUUGCUCUCCCGGCCGAUUUAUUCUUGGGUCCGUCUGAGCACCUUUAUUGGUGUUAGUUGGGCAUGACCCUGCAUCUACUCCGUACAGUACAUACCUAAUAGGUAUGUCGGUAGCUAGCUAGGUAGGUAAACUACCAAGGGUAUCUAGGGCUAGGGGACAUUGCUGUGCAGCCACUGCGGGCGCAUGCGUUGGAAGGAUGAUGCUGUAGAGCUUGGAAAAGCGAGAUUUCGGAACGGUAAACUCCGUUAUUCCUAUCGAAAUUCGAAACGGGUUUCUUUUUACUGGUGGGAAGAAAAUGAAUGAAUGCAGCGAGUGAUUCGAGGUUGUUGAAGCGCGGGGACCGGGGCGGGCGGGGGGACGGUGGGAAAGAAUGAACAUGAGAAAACAAUCUAUGAACCCCGGCAAUAGAAAGAAAGUAAAGUAUUUAAUGUUCGACAUGCUUUAGGAAGAUGUCGGAUAGAUAACAAACAUAUAAGUAACAACAUGUUUUUGAAACAAUAGCCGUCAACCCAGGCAAUACAUUAUUAGUUAUUUCAUCCUGUUAGAACGGGGGAGCUUGUGUGCGUUUACUUGCCAACUGCUGCGUAACCGUCUCGUCUGUAAACCCUCACGAGAGGAAGGACAGGACAAUAGCAAUAACAACAACAACAACAACAGCUGUCAAACUGGUGAAACUUGGAAAGAAAAACUUCAUUUAAGUUGUGAUUCAUAUGAAUGGCCUCUUCGAAUGUCUUCAAGAAAAGGUUGCAUCUCUCUCAUCUCCUUGACAUCCGGCGUAUGUAUGUAUGUAUUGGCAAUAAAUUGGCCCGGGUUUUGAGCUUGAGCGUCGUCUUGAACGCAACCACUCUUUUCCAAACAAACGUACUAUCCACCUUGUCCGGACCAUCUUCCCCUGUCGGUCUUUUGUUCGUAUAGCCUAUUUCUAAUACAUACAAAACAAACCGUGCAAGGACCGAGACAGCUGGACAAUUUCGUGGUCCUUGGGGAAUCCUCUCGGCUACUGGCAUGCAAAGGCUAGGUUCUUUUUUUUUUUUUUUCUUUUUUCAGUCUCCCCUCCCCUCCCCCUCCUCUCGGUGCGCUCUGACCUUCUGCAUACGGCAGCUGAUAGUAGCUUUCUUUUUGCCGUAUCUUCUUUGCCUUAUCGUCAAACUGUGGUGUUGGUCGGUCGGUCAACGGAAGGCUCGGGGGUGCACAGGAUAUGCUUUAUCUUGUCUCGAUUCUUAAAAGGUAGUUCUUCUCCAUGAGUAUUAACGUUGGGAUUUGCGCGGGGCUUUUUUUUGUGUGUUGGAUCUGAUUGGUGCGGACAUCGGGCGGGAGGCAUGCAUAACUCCUCGGCGUAUACCUUGGGCUGAGCAUUUUGUAAUGUGCUUCCAAUUGAGUCAGCCGGCACGUUUGUUCGACGACGUAGGUGUCUAUCUAUCUAUCUUACCCCUCUUGCUAAACCGGGGUUACUUAGAGAUAGUGGUGGCCAAUUAACAUAAGAAACCAAUGCGGAUACGCUUUGCUUUGCUUGCAUAUUCACUCGCAAGAUAUUGCAUAGGUGGCUCAGAUACCCCGCAUAAUAUACACACCUAUAUGUCAAACUCAUAUAUCCCAGAAGGUCU